AUGUUUUCUUCAAAUCUCCUAAAAGAGUGGAAUUCUAUGAUGAAUAGUUGGGUACCAGAAUCAUGUUUUUCUCCGUUAUUUACCAUAAAUGGAAAUGAUUGGUGUAAUCAAGAUAAUCCGCUUAAUUACCUACACUUUAUGGUUUUAAUUUCCUGA